GACGGGAAGGGGUAUGUGGUGUCUGACUAACGAGGAAUGAGGACGCGUAUAAUUCUUGGAUUUUGAGGAAAAAAUGUGAUUUUAUUUGAUGGACAACAGACAUUUUCGGAUUUUUUCUUAUUAACUUUUUAAAAAAAUUAUUAUUAUUCUCCCUUAAUAUUGGAAAGGGAAAGGAGCUCCAGUCUGGGCCGGAGCUCCCGGUUGUUCUCGGGAGUUUGACGAACAACCGACACACUGACUGACACUCCGCCUUCGGCUGUGAAUUUCACAGUUUCUCUGCAUUUAUAGUAUACAUUUUAUCUCAUACGCGAUUAUGUAUAAUAUAUAGUAUGGAUCUUGCCAGAUUAUUCGUGUGAAUUCCGUUUGUUUACCGAAGAGCAGUAGUAGUAACCCGUUACCCAGCUAAUUUACACACAGAGUCACAGUGAGGCACGUCGUGUAGCGCAACGCGGGUAGUAACUAAACUUGUUGGUUAGGUGCCUAACGAGUCGUGGUGAACUGGUUAUAAAUGUCCGAAAAGUGGUGUUGGUGUUAUAAUUUUGUCUGAAUGUAAGCUGGUCAAAGCUAAUUUUGGCCGUCUGUACCGGGAAUCGACGGCGCAAAAGGGAAAAAACGUCGACGAAAAGAAGCAACGAAAAAAAAAACAAAAAAAUGUCGUUCUUUAAUUUUCGCAAAAUCUUCAAACUGGGCACAGAGAAGAAGAAGAAGCAGUAUGAGCACGUCCACAGGGACGUGAAUCCGGAGGACGUGUGGGAGGUGGUGGGGGAGCUGGGGGACGGCGCCUUCGGCAAGGUCUACAAGGCCCAGAACAAGCAGACAAAUGUCCUUGCUGCAGCAAAGGUGAUUGAAACCAAGAGUGAGGAAGAGCUGGAGGAUUACAUGGUGGAAAUUGACAUUUUAGCAUCAUGCGAUCACCACAACAUAGUCAAAUUGCUGGAUGCCUUCUAUUAUGAAAAUAAGCUGUGGAUAUUGAUUGAGUUUUGUGCUGGAGGUGCAGUAGAUGCUGUAAUGUUGGAGCUGGAGAGGCCUCUUACAGAGCCCCAGAUCCGUGUUGUGUGUAAACAGACCCUCGAGGCUCUCCUUUACCUCCAUGAACACAAGAUCAUCCACAGGGAUCUCAAAGCAGGGAACAUUCUUCUCACUCUGGAUGGAGAUGUAAAAUUAGCUGACUUUGGUGUGUCUGCAAAAAAUACGAAGACGCUACAGAGAAGAGAUUCUUUCAUUGGGACACCAUACUGGAUGGCGCCUGAAGUGGUUAUGUGCGAGACCUCCAAGGACCGGCCAUACGACUAUAAAGCCGACAUUUGGUCCCUCGGCAUCACGUUAAUUGAGCUGGCUCAGAUUGAGCCCCCAAACCACGAGAUGAAUCCAAUGAGAGUCUUACUGAAAAUAGCAAAGUCAGAGCCACCUACCCUGAUGCAGCCUUCCCGAUGGUCACCAGAGUUCACUGAUUUUCUGAAGAAGGCUUUGGAUAAGAACGUUGACAACAGAUGGCACACUGCGCAACUUCUGCAGCAUCCUUUUGUUGCAAACGUCAACGAUGACAAACCACUUAGAGAGCUAAUUGCUGAGGCAAAAGCAGAAGUCACUGAAGAGAUUGAAGAAGGUAAAGAUGAGGAAGAAGAGGAAGAACACGAAUCACAGCUGCAGCUUGUUCCCGGACACAAGCGAGCUCCAUCAGACGCCAGUAUUGCAAGUUCUGAAGAUGAGAAACUUUCACAAUCUGUGUCAAUUAUGGAGUCUGUCUUGGAAAAGGAGAAAUCUGAACAAACAGAGGAUAAGUCUAGUGACAAGCUCUCCGAUGAGGGCAUUGGCACUAGUGAAGCAGACAAAACUGAGAAUGAGAAGCUGAACGAGAACAUGUUGGACACCAGCAAUGAAGACCUAGAAAACAGAGAGGACCACUUGGCCAGCCCAGAGGAACCAACAUCUGAUGACAAAAAUGUUGAAGAGACUUUCGAGGUACCAAGUCCAGACAAAGAUGAUACAAGAAUGGAGGAUUCUGUACAGCUGAGUGGAGAGGAUAAAGAGGAGGAGAAGUCAGGGAUAGAAAAGGAAGUUCCAGAGGCUAAGAAAGGACCUGAAACAGAGGACAUCAAGUCAGUGGAGGAAGAGAGUAUGCCAAAAUCCAGCACAGAAGAAUCAAAUGAAGUUGUAAGCACAACAGAAUUAGAAACAGAACUUGCUGUAAAAAAUCCUGAAGAAGUUCAACUUCAGGUAGAACCUGAGAAGAUGGAAAGGAUAGUGAAAGUGGAGAGUCCAUUAGAGAAGGACAUUGACGAGAAGGAGAAAGAUGCAGUCAAGAACAAUAAAGAUAUUGAAAAUGAAGAAUCUGUUGGCAAGGUUUCCUCCGAACAAAUAGUAGCUGUGGAAGCUUCUGAAGAUGUCUGUGAUUCAAAACCAUCUUCUGCUGGAGAAGAUGAAGAAAAAGAGAGCUUGAAGGGGGAAGAGGAAGAUAAGUCUGUAGCCCCAGCUCCAGUACUUGAGAAAGAGGUAGAUGUGUCAGUCAAACCUCCUGGAGAAAAAGUUAAAGAGAAGGAUUCUGACUCAGGAAGCAGCUCCACAGCUGACAACAGCAGCAUUGAUCUCAAUCUGUCCAUCUCCAGCUUCCUAACGAAAAACAAAGAAUCCGGGUCCAUGUCUGUACAGGAUGCCAAGAGACAAAAGAAGACUCUGAAAAAGACUCGCAAAUUUAUGGUGGAUGGUGUGGAGGUCAGAGUCACCACAUCAAAAAUUGUUACUGAUAAUGACACCAAAAAUGAAGAAAUGAGAUUCCUCAGGCGGCAGGAGCUGCGUGAGCUACGCCUUCUGCAGAAAGAGGAGCAGAGAGCCCAGCAGCAGCUGAGCAACAAGUUGCAGCAGCAGCGGGAGCAGAUCUUCCGCCGCUUUGAGCAGGAGAUGACAGGCAAAAAACGUCAGUAUGAUCAGGAAGUUGAGAAUCUCGAGAAGCAGCAGAAACAGACCAUCGAGAAGCUGGAGCAGGACCACACCAACCGUCUGAGGGAUGAGGCCAAGCGCAUCAAAGCAGAGCAGGAUAAGGAGCUCUCCAAAUUCCAGAACAUGCUGAAGAACCGCCGGAAGGAGGAGCAGGAGUUCCUACAGAAGCAACAGCAAGAGCUGGACAGCGCCUUAAAGAAAAUCAUCCAGCAGCACAAGAGUGAGCUGGCCACCAUUGAGAAGGACUGCUUAAACCACAAGCAGCAACUCAUGAGAGCCAGGGAGGCUGCUAUGUGGGAGCUGGAAGAGCGUCACCUGCAAGAGAAACACCAGCUUCUGAAACAACAGCUCAAAGACCAGUACUUCAUGCAGAGACAUCAGCUGCUCAAAAGACAUGAGAAGGAAAUGGAGCAGAUGCAGAGGUAUAACCAGAGGCUGAUUGAGGAGAUGAAGAAUAGGCAGGCACAGGAGAGAACUAGGCUGCCCAAAAUCCAGCGCAGUGAUGCCAAGACACGCAUGGCCAUGUUUAAGAAGAGCCUGCGUAUUACGUCUGCUGGGGACACCCCUGAGCAGGAGAGGGAGAAGAUCAAACAGUUUGCUGCACAAGAGGAGAAGAGACAGAAAAAUGAAAGGCUUCAUCAGCACCAGAAGCAUGAGAAUCAGAUGAGGGACUUGCAGCUGCAAUGUGAUGCCAACAUUCGGGAGCUCCAGCAGCUUCAGAAUGAGAAGUGUCACCUUUUGAUUGAGCACGAGACCCAGAAACUGAAGGAGCUUGAUGAAGAACACAGUCAUGAACUAAAGGACUGGAGAGAGAAACUACGCCCCAGGAAGAAGGCACUCGAAGAGGAAUUUGCCCGAAAACUGCAGGAACAGGAGGUCUUCUUCAAGAUGAGCGGAGAGUCCGAAUGCCUUAACCCUUCGGCCCAAAGCCGAAUCUCCAAAUUCUAUCCCAUCCCCAGCGUGCACUCUACAGGAUUCUAAACUGCUCCAUUUACACACCCCAAGAGGUUCUUCUGAGUCUGGAAUGGAUGGCACCAUAGGAGCCUCUUCCAUCUUCACUACAGACAAUCUGUGUGAACUCGGUGAUAACUCCUAACAGUAGCUGGAUCCAGACUAAACAGUCCGAUGCUACCAACUACAUUUUAGGAAGGAUGCCAUGAAUGAUUUUGUUCAUGUGUUCUUCAACCAUUUGCUUUAACUUAAAAUCCAAAUUGUCCUUGUAGAAUUUUUUGUUAAAUUUGUUCUGAAAAAAAUGCUCCAGAAGUUUUUGCUGCAGUGUUUCGCAUUUAUGUUUCUUGUGUAUGACUUUCCAAGCAGCUGAGUUUGUACUGUCAUUAUCUUUUUGCGGUUGUCAAAAAGUAGCUGCAGAGUCCUCUGAAAAUUCCUAAUUUCCUCCAGAAAACACAGUGCCUGAAUUAAAUUUUGUGGGCAUGUUUUUUAUUCAAGCUUGCUCCAAAAAUAGCCGCUGCUUUUUUUUGCACUAGAAGAUAGGAUUCUGUACAAUUAAAUACAAAACUGCUCCUUAAAAAUUUCACUACAAGAUUUAGCUGGAAUCUUUCUGUUGUAGUGUGAGGUAGACCUUUUGUUUUUGUUCAUGUAAAAGGUUUUUAAUCAAGAUCUAUUUUAUUUUAUAGUGAAAUAGAAUGUAGUUUGAGAAGAAAGGCAUAAUAUAUUUUAUAUACAGUUAAAGUACAACCCUGUAGAAGAUGUGAUAAUUUGACGAUAGCUGGAAAUGGCACAACUGAUGAUACUGCUCAAGUUUGCAUGGACCACGGUUUGUUUUUUUUUUUUUUUUUUUUGCCGUUUAAAAAUCGAAAUAUACAUACUGUUUUAUUUCCCAGCACAACUCUAGCUCAGUUUAUGUAACCAGUGUAACUAGUGGUGCAUGCAAACUGCUGGCAAUAUUGAUAAGAACCCCAGGUGGUUUAAUGAAGGUGGGUUUUUAGUGAUUGUUGACUUGUUUACAUUGAAAAAGUUUGUAAUUUUUGCUUUAAAGUGAAGGCAGCCCAUUUUAACCUUAUUUCCAGGUAAAUAUUUUAUCUAUAGGAUACUUCCCCCAACUGCCUGUGUCUGUGGUAAAACAUUUUAGUACUAAAUGUAUUCAUUGAAGGAGUAAUGUUACUGUUCUAUUGUAGUUAGCUGGCCUUAAUUUUUUUCAGCAUAUAGAAAGUGCUAUUUAACUUGUACAUUUAUGCACAACUUUAAAUUUCAAUAAUCCUUUUUAUCAUGUAAGAAUUUAUUUAGUAGGCAUCCCUCAGCUAUUUGUUAUAUUUUCAUGUACCAAGCAGGGCCAGCGAUUAUGGUUAUUUCAUGAAGAGUUAAAAUGUUAGUUCUUAUGGGUGAUUUUUAUGUUUUAAGUCAGUUAAAUGCUGCACAUACAUAUGACUAUAUUUAAGUGAUAUUCUGAGUCAUAAUCACACAUGCUGUUAACGUUUUGAAGUAUGUAACUAUAUUUUUCUGCUUUGUAAUACUAAAUCUCUUGUCUGGAAAUGAAGUCUUUUAAGCUGAGCAUAUACACAAGUGAGAGACUUGCACUCCUUAUGUGGAUUUGUUUUAAUUCUAAAUGACAACAGUCAGUAGAUGUGUGCUAUUCCCUCUGGAGCUGUCCUGGGGACACUCGCUGUGUUAAGUACGUAUUCUUGUUUCUACUGAGCUCUUCAUUAUGCUUUCAUUAGUUGUAAGUUUCAUUCUGAACUAUUUGCUAUCCUUGACAGCCAUGAAACACUUUUUAUUAUAUUACAUAUGAGGAAGUUUUUUUUAUUUAAUUUUUGCCCCUAAUUUACAAGUAGAUUAAUUAAUGCUUAUAUAAUUUUUCAGGGACUUGGAGUUAUGAAGAAAUAGUGAUUAGUUUAUAAGUCUUAGUUUCUUUAGGAGCAUUACAUCAACAUGCCAAGUGAACUAAUUUUACUUUUAAGACAAACAAUAUUGUGGUUUGAUAUGACAUUAGCAUUUUAAAUCCUAUUUUCAAGUGUGAAAAUGUAACUGAGUGUGGUUGUAAAGAAAGUUAGCAUACAGUCAUCCUCAGGAUAAGAACAUGUCGUGUAUUUCGGCGGUUCCCUGUCCUAGUCCUGGUACAUCCCUGUGUAUACUGUAUAUUAAAUGUGUUUAGGGAUCUUUUUUUUUUUCCCUCUCUGUAUUGAGGAAGUAGCUCAGUGACGGAAAGAACCAAGUGUAGGGCUACACCAAGACCGGGCCUGGGAACCUCUCAGCUGUAAUGAAAGAACACUAAUUAAACUUGAACCACUUGAUUCAAAAUACUGUUUUUAUUGCACCUUCUGGAAUGCUGAGUUGAAUAAUGAUCCUCGCAUAUAUGAAGGAAUAUUGUGUGCCUCGGAGAACAGAAUGUUUUAUUUGAAUGUCCACUUGUGUAGUGCAUGGAAGAGAUCCUAGUGACUUUUUUUCACAAUUUGUUGAAAAUCCACUAGACCACAGAAUGGUUUACUACAUGAUGGGCGUAUCUUUUUGGGAAAUUUGUGCACAUUUAUAUAACAGUUUGACUAUAGUUCUAGUUUUCAGAUUUACGAGGGCAUGUAAUCAGAAUGUCAGACAUUUACUUUGUGGAUGAUGAAUUUUAUAGAUCAAG